AUGGAUUUAAUGCAUCGAGUGUUUAAACCUUAUUUGGAUCGGUUUGUGGUAGUCUUUAUUGAUGAUAUUCUGGUGUAUUCUAAGACAAAGGAGGAACAUAAGCAACACUUGAGAAUAGUAUUGCAAACCCUAAGAGAGCACCAGUUGUUUGCUAAGUUUAGCAAGUACGAAUUCUGGCUAGAGAAAGUGACGUUUCUAAGCCAUAUAAUCUCAAAAGAUGGACUUACUGUAGAUCCAGCUAAAGUUAAAGCGGUUGCCAAAUGGAAACGGCCGGAGAAUCCUACUAAUGUUCGAAGCUUUUUGGGUUUAGUAGGGUAUUACUGCCGGUUUAUAAAGAAUUCCUCAAGAAUUGUGGGACCCCUAACGAAUUUGACAAAGAAACAAGGGAAAUAUAUUUGGGAUGCUAAGUGUGAAACGAGUUUCCAGGAGUUAAAGAAGCAAUUGACCAUGGCUCCAGUGUUGGCUUUGCCAAAUGGGAAGGAUAGUUAUAUGAACUAUCCAACCCAUGACUUAGAAUUAGCAGCUGUUGUGUUUGCUUUGAAGAAAUGGCGGCAUUAUUUGUUUGGGGUGACAUUUUGA